UACAAGUCGGGUCUUCGCUCAGAUGCGAGCUAACAUCGGUGGGGAGCGGCCGUUAGUCCCGUUAGCUAUUUAAAAACUUUUACGUAGCAAAAUUACAACGAGAAAUAACAUUUAAACGAUACUAUUGAAGUAAAACGGUCAGUGUUGACCCGUGUUGUUGCGUUGAACAGUUUGGGACGUGAUAAAAUCGUGUUUUACGCAAAGUUCAACUAGAAAGUUGCAUUGACAAGCAUUUCUGUACAAACAGUGUUUGUAUGUGUACUAUAGUUUAACUUUUGUGCAGUGGUUACGUGAGGUUUUUGAACUGUAUCCGGGAACUUUUAGGUUAUUUGAACGCGUCCCUUACGAGUAAGGUUACUGGCCCUGUCCUGUUAUAAGAUGUGACUUACUCACGAUGGCAGCCACGGACGGGCAAGUCGUGGUCGCAGCAUCUCGCUGGGCAGACGAGGGGCACUACCUAAGAGAAUUCGUCGUUAAAAACCGACUGCCAAACGUAGCCAAAAUCAUUAAAGGCCAGUAUGGAGGAAUCGGAGUACCAACAUUACCCAGUCCUGGAUUACAGAGCAUGGCUCUACUCGUUUCCGCAGGCAAGAGGAAAAAGAUUAUCGCACAAGCUAUUAAACUAAAAGAGGGAAGACGAAUGGUCAGCGUCGGUCCUAGACUUGCUAUCCCAGAAACGUAUAAAGGCUACUUUGAGUUACUAAGUGAGGAAGGAAGAGCCGUCAGAUGUAUAGAAUCUGUUAGUGAACUAGCAAGAAGGAAACUGGAAGAUGGAUGCAGCGCCAGUCAUUUCGUUCCAGAACUAAGACUUCUAUCCUUCUUCGAAGAGGAUCACGUAUUCGCAUUACCAUUACAAAAGGAAGGAAACGCGUUAGUCGCUCUACCUCUUGCAGCACCUUUGAAAAUGUUAAGAUGCAAAAAUGAGGAGCACAUUAAAAAUUUCAUGGAGUUCUCGAGACUGGUUGAGAAAUGCAACCGUUUGCUUGUAGAAGUAGUCGAUCGUAUACACGUGUUGGAUGGUAAAUUGGGUGAUCCUAAACGACUUUUGAAUGCUCCCCUACAUGCUCCACCAUUAAUAAAAACCGGUUACUUCUUACGGCGAAGUAUGUCGUCUGAUAACGCUAACCAGCAUAAACAUAUGCCACGUCACAAUCACAUAUAUAGUAGCCAUAGAGAUGAGAAUAGCAUUCCCGAUGAAUAUAUAGACGAAAUCGAUCAGAUAUAUGAUUACGUUAGAGGAUUUGCGCCUCUCCCUAAAAAUAUAAAAGCAUCAUAUUCCAAUGAACCGACAAGACAUGAAUCCGCACCGGCAUCGCCAGCCGCCACUCCAAUACACAUGCCAUUGAUCACAGAAAUCAAACCAGAACCACCACCCAUAGAAACGAUACCCACAAAGAAACCACUCAACAUCCAAAAGGCUGAAAAGCGAACGCGCAAAACCGCAAUCACACCUAAAGAAACGCCAAUAACAGUUUACAAAGAAAAAUGUUCCAUAGCUCCGGCUCCUAACAAUCUGCCUAAACUAUUCAUUAAGAACAGCGUCAACAACAACAAAAGUCGGAUGGUCUUCAGUCAGAAAAGUCAUUCCCCAACCAAGGAAACACCUAGUCCUGUUACUAGUCCAAUAAGACCCUUAACUAAAGGGGAUUCCCCUAUUUUCAAUAUAAGAUACAAAAGUCUUUCUAACAUUCACCAAGCGAUGGAAUUAGAUGGCACAUUAGACUCGAGUCAUUCAGGUGGAAGGACGUCAGGUGAUUCAGGAAAUGGACCAAAAUUGCCAGAGAAAAGAUGUAGAAAACUAAGCAGACCUAAGUCCUUAACAAAUCUCGUUUGGGAGCUUAAAGGUUGUCCGGUCGAAGCGAACGAAAAACCAAAAUGUAGGAGUAAAAACGAAAGCUACAAGAAACUUGGAAACAAACUGUCUCUUGGAGCACAGAAGAGGGUGCCCACUUUGUAUCUUUAAUUUUUUUUGGUCCGCGAUGUCCACGACGUAAUGAAGACACGUUUUGUAGACCG